AUGGUCCACGCUGACGACGUGCUCACCAAAGAGGAACAGAUCGGCCUCCUGUUCAAAGCCAAACGCAAAUGUGAAGGAAACAUCCGAUCCAGGAGCUCCAACAGAGAUGUGUUCUGUUCGGCGGAGUGGGACGGUAUCGUGUGCUGGCCUGAGGGUUCUCCGGGACGCCUGGUCUCCACACCGUGUCCCGAGUACAUCUACGACUUCAACCACAAAGGACAAGCGUAUCGACGGUGCGACAGCAACGGGACGUGGGAGAUGUCAUCAGCCAAUAACAAAACCUGGGCCAAUUACAGCGAGUGCGCAAAGUUCCUCCACAACCAGAGUCACAACAAGGAGGUCUUCCACCGGCUGUACCUCAUCUACACCGUGGGCUACUCCAUCUCUCUGGGAUCACUCAUGGUGGCCGUCCUCAUCCUGGGAUACUUCCGGCGUCUGCACUGCACCAGGAACUACAUCCACAUGCACCUGUUCGUGUCUUACAUGCUGCGCGCCGUCAGCAUCUUUGUCAAAGACAUCGUCCUCUACUCGGGCUCCGCCAUCGAAGACAUUCACCGAGUCAGUGUGGAAGAACUCAAGUCCAUCACGGAGGCGCCGCAGGCCGACAAGACGCAGUUUAUCGGCUGUAAGGUUGCCGUGACGUUGUUCCUCUACUUCUUGGCCACUAAUUACUACUGGAUCCUGGUGGAGGGCUUGUACUUGCACAGCCUCAUCUUCAUGACCUUCUUCUCCGACCGCAAAUACCUGUGCGGCUUGACGCUGAUUGGAUGGGGAGUACCGGCCAUGUUUGUGACGGUUUGGGCGACCGUAAGAGCGACAUAUGCAGAUACAGAGUGCUGGGACCUAAGUGCGGGCAAUUUAAAAUGGAUCUAUCAAGUCCCGAUACUGACGGCGGUGGUGGUAAACUUCAUCCUUUUCCUCAACAUUAUCCGGGUGUUAGCAACCAAGCUGCGCGAAACCAAUGCAGGCAGGUGUGACACACGGCAGCAGUACAGGAAGUUGUUAAAAUCCACCAUGGUCCUAAUGCCCCUAUUUGGCGUCCAUUACAUUGUCUUUCAUGCCAUGCCGUAUACUGAGAUCUCUGGCAUUCCGUGGCAGAUACAGAUGCACUACGAGAUGCUCUUUAACUCCUUUCAGGGCUUCAUGGUGGCUAUUAUCUACUGUUUCUGCAACGGAGAGGUCCAAGCCGAGAUCAAGAAGUCGUGGAGCCGCAGGACUCUGGCGCUGGACUUCAAACGCAAAGCCCGCAGCGGCAGCAACACGUACAGCUACGGCCCCAUGGUCUCCCACACCAGCGUCACCAACGUCACCGGCCGCGGACCCCUGGCUCUGCACCUCACCACCAAACUGGGGCCCCUGCCAGUCAACGGCCACCGCAACCUGCCGGGAUACGUCAAGAACGGCUCCGUGUCCGAAAACUCUGGACCUUCGUCGGGACACGAGCUGCACAUCCCAGAGGAAGAUCAGAAACAGCAGCAGCAACAACCACGGCCCAGCGAACCGGAGAAGCCCGCCGUGCUGGUAGAAGAAGAGAGAGAGACGGUGAUGUGA